UCAAGGCCACAGUGAAAUCUUACUUUUCUUGUAAAAGUUAACCGAAGUUAGUUAUUAAAGUGCUGCCAGUAUUUAGGGAAGCUCUGAAAUGAAGAGCAGCACAAGAUACCUGUGCUGCCUCUGAACAAUUCAAGGAUAUCUUCCUCUGUACAAUUACUGUGUGGUUUCUUCUGAAGAGGUUCAUAGAAAACACAUCAGGUUUUUAAUUGACCUUCAACAAAGAGAAACACGCAGCAGUCACCUUCCACAUCCUUUGAGGAGAAAUGGUUGAACCUGUAGGCAACCACUAUGUUGUCGCCAGACGAGUGUACUCAGAGAAUUCAUUUGAUGAAGAGCAUGAGAAAUUGCACAGACACCAUAAAAACUUCUGGGAUCACUUGAAACUAUAUUUCCGCUGUUCCCCACAAAGGGUCAAAAAAGUUGCCCUGCGUAUGUUUCCUGUCGUCUCGUGGCUGCCCGCGUACCGCUUCAGGGAGUGGAUCCUGAGCGACAUCGUCUCUGGCAUCAACACAGGGCUGGUGUCAGUGCUGCAAGGUCUCGCAUUUGCUUUGCUGGUGAAUGUCCCUCCUGGUUAUGGACUCUAUGCAGCGUUUUUCCCAAUCCUGGUCUAUUUUAUCUUUGGUACAUCCAGACAUAUCUCAGUGGGUCCCUUCCCCGUCCUGAGCCUGAUGGUGGGAGGCGUUGUCACCAGGCUGGUCCCCGAUGGCACUGCUGGAAAUGGGACUGCCACCAACACGUCAGCUAUAGAUGAACAGAGGGUGAUGGUAGCUGCAUCUGUCACCUUUCUAUCCGGGAUUUUUCAGUUGAUUCUGGGACUCCUCCAGUUUGGAUUCAUAGUCAUUUAUUUAUCGCACUCAUUAAUCAGUGGCUUCACAACUGCUGCAGCCAUCCAUGUCCUGGUGUCCCAGAUCAAGUUCAUGCUUCAGCUGCCUGUCCCUGGAUUUAAUAAACCAUUCGGCAUCAUCUAUACUCUGGAGAGCGUGUUCAGCCAGAUCACUGACACCAACAUCGCCGACUUGGUCACCUCCCUUCUUGUCUUGCUCAUCGUGUUCGUGGUGAAAGAGAUAAACGAUCGCUACAAAGCAAAGCUCCCCACUCCUAUCCCCAUCGAGCUCAUUGUGACUGUCUUAGCGGCACUGAUUUCCCAUUUUGCUAAAUUUGAAGAAAAAUUUAAAGUAGCUGUCGUGGGAAAACUAGAAGAAGGAUUCCAAGCUCCCGUUGCACCUGAUGCAGGCAUUAUCCAAAAGUGUGUUGGUGAUGGCAUCUCCAUUGCAAUUGUUGGAUUUGCAGUAGCCUUCUCCGUGGCUAAAGUGUAUUCCAUCAAGCAUGACUACCCAAUAGAUGCCAACCAGGAACUAAUCGCCUUUGGACUGGGUAAUAUAUUAGGUGGAUCGUUCAAAGGAUUUGCCUCCAGUACAGCUUUGUCAAGAUCAGGUGUGCAGGAGAGCACGGGAGGCAAAACGCAGAUUGCUGGUAUUAUCUCUGCUAUCAUCGUCUUGAUUGUCAUCUUAGCCAUUGGGUUUCUCCUGGCGCCAUUACAAAAGUCAGUCCUUGCAUCCUUGGCUCUUGGCAACUUGAAGGGAAUGCUCAUGCAGUUCAGAGAAGUAGGCGUUCUGUGGAGGAAGGACAAAUACGACUGUAUGAUCUGGGUGGUGACCUUCUUGGCUGCCGUUUUCCUGGGCCUGGACAUCGGGCUGGCAACAGCUGUGGCGUUCGAACUGCUGACUGUAGUGAUCCGCUCCCAGAUCCCAAGCUGCACCACUUUGGCAAACGUUGGGAGGAGCAACAUCUACAGAAACAGGAAGGAUUACACCGAUAUCUAUGAGCCGGAGGGAGUGAAGAUCUUCAAAUGCUCAUCUCCUAUCUUCUUUGCUAAUAUUGAAUUCUUCAAAGAUAAACUCAUCUCUGCUGUUGGAUUCAACCCACUCAGAGUCCUGAGGAAACGCAACAAAGCACUGAGAAAGAUCAGAAAGAUGCUGAAGAAAGGAGAGCUGCAAGUGACGCCUAAAGGCUUAAUAUGCAUGGCUCACCAUACACAGGAGUCUGAUGAUGAAUUAGACAACAACAGGUUGGAGGAACUGGACCAGCCCACUGACAUGGCAGACUUGCCCAUCCAGAUCAACUGGGAUGCCGAGCUGCCUCCUGGCAUCGUUGUGCCCCGGGUCGACAUCCACAGCAUCGUGCUGGACUUCUCAGCAGUGUCCUUCCUUGAUUUUUCUGCUAUGAGAGUCCUCCAAAAGACUUUGAAAGAGUUUGUCCGGAUCGAUAUCGACAUUUACAUUGCAGGGGCAAACGAGGGAUUCCUGGAGAAGCUGGAGAGAUGUGCUUUUUUUGAUGAGGAGAUCAAGCCAUCCAUGUUCUUCCUCACCAUCCAUGACGCAGUUUUACACAUUUUGCUGAAGGAGGACAUAGCCAGCUCCCCAAAAUUAAAGCCUGUUGAGAAGGGGAACAACAACUGUAUCAUCACUACCAGCAAUGGACUGCGCAGUCGGGACAGCACGAUUCCUGUGGAAACGAAAUUUUAGCUUUAGUUUGCUAAAUAUAACAUCCUCCAGCAACACAGCACCACUUACAGAACAUGAAGGCACACAGGGUGAUGUGCAUGAAGACCGACAGACGUUUUCAUCUACCUUAAGGAUUGACUACAGAUGAUUAUGUUCCAAAUUUUGGAAUGGUUUUGUUAGUGUCUCUGUAUAUAUAGAGAUGUAUUUAUGUACAUACACAAAGGCUAAAAUCACCUGGAUUCUCUAUUUCAUACCUUGCUGACAAACUACACACACAGUUAAAGCAGCAAGUAGCAUUGGCCCUAUUUGCAUAUACUUGUACAUAUAUCCAUGUUAUUCUGACAGUUUGUAGACAACCUGUACAGUUACAAAAGAACAUAUGACUAUCUGAAGUCCUUUAAUUUAUAGUCUAGUAGUUGGGAGUGACAUGUCUUCAGCUUGUAUAUAAUUUGUAUAUAGCCUUCUCGAUGGUUUACACAGCACCUGCUUGACUGAGUCAUUAAACUUAUUUUCAGCACACGACCAUAGA